AUGCGGAGGAAGAGACAGUUGGCCCCUGCCCUGAGAGAGGGCUUCUGCUCCCGAUCCAGCCCAAAGUCCAGCCCAGAGAAGGCUUCUGUUCCUAAGUCCAGCCCAGAGAAGGCUUCUGUUCCUAAGUCCAGCCCAAAGUCCAGCCCAGAGAAGGCUUCUAUUCCUAAGUCCAGCCCAAAGUCCUGCCCAGAGAAGGCUUCUGUUCCUAAGUCCAGCCCAAAGUCUAGCCCAGAGAAGGCUUCUGUUCCUAAGUCCAGCCCAGAGAAGGCUUCUGUUCCUAAGUCCAGCCCAAAGUCCAGCCCAGAGAGGGCUUCUUCCAGCCCAAAGUCCAGCCCAGAGAAGGCUUCUGUUCCUAAGUCCAGCCCAGAGAAGGCUUCUGUUCCUAAGUCCAGCCCAAAGUCCAGCCCAGAGAAGGCUUCUAUUCCUAAGUCCAGCCCAAAGUCCAGCCCAGAGCGGGCUUCUGUUCCUAAGUCCAGCCCAGAGAGGGCUUCUGUUCCUAUGUCCAGCCCAAAGUCCAGCCCAGAGCGGGCUUCUUCCAGCCCAGAGAGGGCUUCUGUCCCUAAGCCUAGCCCAAACUCCAGCCCAGAGAGGGCUUCUGUUCCUAAGUCCAGCCCAAAGUCCAGCCCAGAGAAGGCUUCUGUUCCUAAGUCCAGCCCAGAGAAGGCUUCUGUUCCUAAGUCCAGCCCAAAGUCCAGCCCAGAGAAGGCUUCUAUUCUUAAGUCCAGCCCAGAGCGGGCUUCUGUUCCUAAGUCCAGCCCAAAGUCCAGCCCAGAGAAGGCUUCUGUUCCUAAGUCCAGCCCAAAGUCCAGCCCAGAGAAGGCUUCUAUUCCUAAGUCCAGCCCAAAGUCCAGCCCAGAGCGGGCUUCUGUACCUAAGUCCAGCCCAGAGAGGAAGUCCAGCCCAAAGUCCAGCCCAGAGAGGGCUUCUGUACCGAAGUCCAGCCCAGAGAGGGCUUCUGUUCCUAAGUCCAGCCCAAAGUCCAGCCCAGAGAAGGCUUCUGUUCCUAAGUCCAGCCCAGAGAAGGCUUCUGUUCCUAAGUCCAGCCCAAAGUCCAGCCCAGAGAAGGCUUCUAUUCCUAAGUCCAGCCCAGAGAAGGCUUCUGUUCCUAAGUCCAGCCCAAAGUCCAGCCCAGAGAAGGCUUCUGUUCCUAAGUCCAGCCCAGAGAACGCUUCUGUUCCUAAGUCCAGCCCAAAGUCCAGCCCAGAGAAGGCUUCUAUUCCUAAGUCCAGCCCAAAGUCCAGCCCAGAGCGGGUUUCUGUUCCUAAGUCCAGCCCAGAGAGGGCUUCUGUUCCUAUGUCCAGCCCAAAGUCCAGCCCAGAGCGGACUUCUUCCAGCCCAGAGAGGGCUUCUGUUCCUAAGUCUAGCCCAAACUCCAGCCCAGAGAGGGCUUCUGUUCCUAAGUCCAGCCCAAAGUCCAGCCCAGAGAAGGCUUCUGUUCCUAAGUCCAGCCCAGAGAAGGCUUCUGUUCCUAAGUCCAGCCCAAAGUCCAGCCCAGAGAAUGCUUCUAUUCCUAAGUCCAGCCCAAAGUCCAGCCCAGAGCGGGCUUCUGUUCCUAAGUCCAGCCCAGAGAGGGCUUCUGUUCCUAAGUCCAGCCCAAAGUCCAGCCCAAAGAAGGCUUCUGUUCCUAAGUCCAGCCCAGAGAGGGCUUCUGUUCCUAUGUCCAGCCCAAAGUCCAGCCCAGAGCGGGCUUAUGUUCCUAAGUCCAGCCCUAAGUCAUGCCAAGACAGGGCUUCUGUUUCUAAGUCCAGCCCAGAGAGGGCUUCUGUUCCUAAGUCUAGCCCCAACUCCAGCCCAGAGAGGGCUUCUGUUCCUAAGUCCAGCCCAGAGAAGGCUUCUGUUCCUACGUCCAGCCCAGAGAAGGCUUCUGUUCCUAAGUCCAGCCAAGAGAGGGCUUCUGUUCCUAAGUCCAGCCCAGAGAGGGCUGUUGUUCCCGAGUCUGGCCUAAGGAGGGCCUCAGAUCCCAAGUCAAGAACAGGAGAGUCUCCUGUUCCCACGUCAAGCCCAGAGAGGGGAUGCUGCUUCCACAUCAGGCCCAGGGAGGGCCUCAGAUCCCGAGUCUAG